UAUUUCUCCAUCUCGCGUCCCAAGGAGUAUUUAGUGAGGCUAUCAGGUGGGGAGUAACAAAUCACUAAACUUCACCAAAGAGGAAAGAGCGGCAUCAUCACCAUGCUCCGUCUGAUGUUUCUAGUUUCAACACUAUUAACAUUCGCACGCGCGAACAUCUCUAACGAGUUUUCUGGCUCUGAAGCAGCUGAAAAAGCCUUGUACUGGGAUGUUGAAUUGUUCCGCCAUAAGACCCCUCGUAUCGCUGCACUCACCCGUCAAGUUUCCUCGCAUCUCUCCGUUUCCCUGCCAGUCAUGUUACAAGAUGCCGCCAACACCACCACUUGUGCAUCGAGACUGGUGCCGUUCCCCGUCAUAAUUCAGAGUGCUUUUGAACUUUGUCUUCCAGUCGGUAACAUUUGCAUUGCUUAUUAAUUAUACAGAUAUGGUAUUAUUCCGCUGUGAGGAAUUAUAUUUGGAGCCAUU